UGAAGCUUGUUUAUUGUAUUUGUUGGGUGUUUGUGGUUAGGUCUCCAUGGUGUUCCUAUAUAUACACGGUUUAUAACCAAUAAGGGAUCAGGAUCCUACUGGGGCUUAACAUAUACAAAAUCUUAGCCAAUGUAAUAUAUUGUACCUGCAACCAAUAGAGCUUUGCCACAUGUGCUUUUGGAUAUAUGACUUGAGUAUGCUGCUAAUUUGGCAAGUUGAGAGGACCACCUAGGAAUGCAUACUGAAGAAGUCUUGUACAGAGACUUUUCGAAAGAACUUUUAAACUUGAUCUUGAAGCUGCAAGAGAGUAGGAUGAUUUAUAUAAUCUGCGACUUGAGUAAACUAGUGAUUGACAUGCUAAUAAGAAUACGAGCUGCCAGGAGUUUACUUUCCCCAUUAGACAAACUGUAUUGUUUAGCGGAUGACCGCUUGGAAGAAGCUGUCAAGUUUUUGGACCAUGGUGACGGAUCUGGAUGGCAAUUACUUCACGCAAUGCUAAAUCCCGAGUUCCGAAAACGGCCAAUAGUAGAGGCAGUGCUCGACCAUCGAUUCAUGACUGGUGCUACGCCUUAAUUGGCAAAGCUGCAUAUUAUUUUGUGUGUGUAGGCUGAAUUUUGAGUGGAAAAAGAUGCGGAUGCAGAGAUCAUGUAAAAUACAAUAUUUUUGUUUGGUGAAUUAAU